UUAUGUUAAUUGAUGUCAAGAUUUGGUAAAUAGUCAUUGGUUAUUACCGAUUUAUGAAUUCUAUAUGCGAUUAAUUGUUCUUUAAUUUAAUUAUAAAUUAAAUCUUAAUGCGCCAAAGCAUUUUAUUUAUGUUUGAUAUGUUUCUUUCAAUUUAUGAGCAAUUUAAAAAAUAGAUUAAUUCUUGUAUUAAACCGGACGAAAGUUGUAUGCUGUAUGAAGAUUUUUUGUAGAAAUUUAUUAUAUUGUUCUGAGAAUUUCUUUCUUUCAACUGUAAUUUUAUGUUGUUAAUAUUUGCCAAGUAUUAAGAGACACGUUAAUCUUUUCAAUCAUACCAUUGACAUAUAAGUUUUAAUGUCAGCGAUAAUAUAAACAACAUUAACCUUAUUUCUUCGAAAGAUUGAAUACAAUCAUCUAAAAAAUUAAAAAAUGGCUGAUGAAGAAGAGGAGAAAGAGUAUAGAUGGGAGACUGGUUAUGAAAAGACAUGGGAAGCAAUCAAAGAAGAUGAUCAUGGAUUGUUGGAAGCAUCAGUUGCAGAUAUUAUUCACAAUGCCAAAAGAAAACGUCAAAUGGAAAAGAAGGUUGGUGCCAGAUUAGGGAUGAUGAGGCACCUUUAUGUAAUUCUUGAUGCUUCUGAAUCAAUGUCACUUCAAGAUUUGAAACCAACUCGUUUUCUAUGUUCUUUAAAGCUUUUAGAAGAUUUUAUUGAAGAAUUCUUUUAUCAAAAUCCUAUAAGUCAGUUAGGAGUAAUUAUCACAAGGAAUAAGAGAGCAGAAAAAGUAAGCGAAUUAGCUGGAAAUUCUAAAAAACAUGUGAAGGAAGUACAAAACAUGCAACAAAUUGCCCCAGUAGGUGAACCUUCAUUGCAAAACUCCAUAGAGCUAGCUUUGAAGUCAUUACGUCUCCUACCAUCACAUGCUAGCAAAGAAAUACUUAUAAUAGUAGGAGCACUUACAACAUGUGAUCCAGGAGAUAUCAAUGAAACUAUACAAAACAUGAAGACAGAUUCUGUCAGGUGCAGUGUGAUAGGUUUGGCUGCUGAACUAUAUAUUUGUAAAAGAAUGGCAACAGCAACCGGUGGAGAGCAUGGCGUUGCAUUGGAUGAUAAACAUUACAAGGAACAGUUAAAUAUGCACAUAGAUCCUCCUCCAGCUGCAACUAGAUUAGAUGCUGCUCUUGUAAAAAUGGGUUUCCCUCAUCAUGCAUUACAUUCUUCUGCAAAUGAUUCAGCUAUGGCAGUUUGCAUGUGUCAUGCAGAAAGUUCAGAUGAAUCUGUUAAACUUCUUAGUACAGGAUAUCUCUGCCCUCAGUGUUUAAGCAAACAUUGUGAACUUCCAGUAGAAUGCAGAGCAUGUGGAUUAACAUUGGUGUCUGCUCCACAUUUAGCACGGUCCUAUCAUUAUUUAUUCCCUGUUGAAUCUUUUAAGGAAGUUGUAUUCAGUGGAACUCCUUCAAUUUGUUAUGGUUGUCAGAAGAUAUUGUCUCAAAAAGAUAAGAAGGUAUACAUUUGUAAUAAAUGUAAUGAAACAUUUUGUUUAGACUGUGAAAUAUUUAUUCAUGAAUCUUUACAUACAUGUCCUGGCUGUGCUACCAAUCCAGAUACAUAUCAAAAGUCUGCAGAUAGAAAUUAAUUUAUUCAAUGUAUAUAAAAUAAAAUGAAUUACUUAAAGCAAAGUAUUUUAAUAGAAUAUUGAACUUAAGACCAAUUUUAUAAGCAACACAUUUUUAUAAUGUAGAACUGGUUCAUGAUGCACGUAUAAAAAAUAUUUCUUCUUAUUAAAGAGGAAUGAAUCAAUGAAAAGACAAUAAUAACAUUAAUGGAAGUUCGUUUUAUUUUUUUUUUAUAUUAACCUGUAAAAUACUCUCUGUGUAAUGAAGUUCUCGCAACACACGUGUAAAUAUAAUAAAUAUAUUUAUUUUAGUAAAAAAUAUUA